CAAUGCGACAGAUUUAGUAGCGGGAGUAGCUCUUGUAGCUUUCUAGUGCUGGCAGCUAAGCGCCCGCCCGCUCUGCUUGAAAAAUCUUUUAGUAAGUCGACAAGGAAAUAAAUAUUACAUCAUCGAUGGCACAACUAGGGGAGAAAAAUAGUGAAACAAGGACGGGCAUGAACAUAUGUACUAACAAGUUCUAAGCAUGAGCAUUAGAACUGUGGAGUAGGGAACAAUGAACGUGAACAACAACAUGGUUAGAAAGCGGCAGACGGGCGGACGAGAUGCGGAUAGCGCGGCUUUCGGUGGGACGCUUUCUGCAGCCUCAUCUCCGAUUUUGCAGAGUGGCUCCCUGGGCGGGCGGACAGAAACAGAUGACACCUUCGAUUGUGUUGGCCUAUCUCGAGGAAAUAGCUGCUCGGAUGAUCAGACGCACGUCGUCGACGGCAAAUGCCUAUCGUGUAGUAGAAGGGGUCGUGGAGAUGAUGACUGUAGGAAGCAGUCUAGUGCUUGUUCAGAAACACUUGGUCUAUCUUCGGAAAACAACGUCGAGGACCUUUACGAUCAUGAAGACGUGUCCCCCGAUCGUGUAUCGAAGUCGCAAGCUGGCUGCUCUGCGCAUGAUCUUCAUCAUUCGGCGGCUGCUGCCAGCGAGCGGGAGGACUCAGUAUCAAACGAUGUUCCGACAUUGCUCUUGUGGAUUCUGAACGUCGUUCUAGCUCCACCGGACAAGUUUCUCCAUGCUCUUGCUGGCUUAGUUGGAGUAGGAUUCGUGCUGUUCUGCCUCAUGGUAGUGAUCAUCUGGCCGCACUUUUUCGGUGUGGCAGAAUAUGUGCUGUCUUCGUUAGUUUUCGGAAACUCUUACAACAUGAUGGUGGGGUCGGCGUCCUCGACGUUGUCCUCUUCGGCUCUUGGGUCCUCCUCAAUCUCGUCAAUGUCUAGUGUACCUGCUGUCGUGUUCUGUUCCACGUACGUUCCCGACCCUGCUCUCGAAGGGGACAACUGCCGUCCGUGCCCAGCAUUUGGCACCUGUCGUCGUGGGUCACUGGUGGAGUGCGAGGCGCCCUACCGCGCCACGACGACGCGGUCCGGCGCUGCCUGUGUGGAGGACGACACGGUAGUGCGAAUCGCAGCAGCAAUGGCUGUAGAUUAAGACUAAGUAGUCAGUCACUAUCUGGCGUGAGGUACCACUACUAACUAUCCUGACUGGCGUGUUCCGUGGUUUAUAGUGGAAACCCACUCAGCCCCGGAAGAUAGUGAUAGAUUGACUAGUGUUAAGUAGAGUUGGACGCGGAACUUGCGCUCAGUCGCGGACUCAAGGAUUGUGACCCAGAGGUCAACGACUUCUUUGCGCGCAGCGAAGCUCGCGACUUUCUUCGUCUGCGUAUGGACGCACUAGCAGACCCGCUUGCGGACGAAGGAUGGCGGCGCACCGGAUUCGACGACGCAGCAUUUGAGUACCUUUACACUGUGGAAGUGGAGAACGAAGAAAGGGGGAGUCUUGUCGGCCUUCACGGUCUUGGAGGUCAUGAUAUUACAACAUCUUCAACAUCGGCUCGUGCUAAAGGUGUUGGACAAGAUUUAAGUAGUAGAAAAACAGCUUCUACUUCAUCUUCAUCAACAGGUCUCCAUAGUACGUCCAGGAAAACGAACGAUGAAGACGGUGGAGGUGGGCCUCCACGUGGUAGUCAAGGAGGCACAAAAAUUCCUACUUUCUCAUCGUCGAAGAGUGUGUUCCCGCCGUCUCUGCGUCGCUCUGGAUCCCUGUUCUUCUCAACGCGUAAAGAGCCAGUUCUUCGAUGUGUUUUACGAAACUUCUUUUGGCAGUAUGUGCCUCCCGUGCUGAUUUGUGGAUCGCUUUUUGCCGGAGUCUUCCUACUCCUCACGCACUACGCGCGUGAGAGACAAGUAAGACAGGUCGUUGUACAAGCAAUCGAGCUGCACACCUGCGUGGAGCCACGCUUGCAGGGAAUCUACGCCGAAGACUUAGUAGAAUGGACUAACUUGCCGGAAAAAAGGGUGCUUCAGAUACUGGAAGACAUAACCAGUGGGGGUGUGAGCUGUCAAGAAGAGACUUCAUCAUCAACAACAGGUGCUGGCGGACAUCGCCAGGGAAGCAUAAAGCAAUCCUCUUGCUCUACAACUCAUGAUAAUACCAUCAACAGAAAACAGCCCAGAAGAUCCUCGCUGAGUGUCUUAGCGCAACGUGCGAUGUCCGGUCUGGGGUGUGCUGCAGGCGGGGAAGCAGAUGGAGCGCAACAGGGUGAAGAGUACAGCGUCAGGCGUUUCUAUGAGGACCUUCUUGAUGACGAGAACCAGGACGAUCAGGGCUACCAGCAAGGUUCUACUGAUCCUAAUGACGUUGCUGGAAAAAGGGGAAAUCAUCCGCAGCAAGAAAGAAGAACUGACUGGGGCGUCCGGAGAGAUCCAUAUCGCGGAUUUUACUAUUCACAAUAUGUAGUGGACACUGUAGCGCCAUCGAAAGAAGACAUUCGCACUGCAAAAAAUGUCCAACUAUGCUAAAGAACCAACGCGAGAAGUCUUUUGCGACUCUUUCUUGUCCUUGAAGUGUAGAAAGGUUCGAUCUUGAAGCAAGUGCUUACUCAGUUAGAAGUUUGUGCCUCUAUUUUACAUGAUUUACUCGGGAAACCCAGAGCCGGCUAGUAAGGUUAAUAGCUUCUUCAGUCGUGACUCUUUCUAUCUUUCAGUCACGCGAACAAGAACUACGAGAGCGGGAGCCAAUGCCAAUCCUUGGCAAGAAUGAGCUUCCGAGUUUGUUUUCGCCAGUCUCCUGGUGUAGUAUGGGUGAGAGUGUGUUGCCUUAUUCGCAAUCUUCGUCUUUCAUUAUGGUUUGGCAUUCUCCUGAGCAGCCAGGUCAUAAGAAAGUAUAAUUUCAAAGGUGUUCUGUACGGUAGUACACUAGGUCGGAGUCGGUACUUGAUUUGUUGAUUUAUUAUGUCUGUUCAUUUUUGAGAGAUUCGGCGCCGCGUUCUCUCUACCCCUAUCGUUUUCAGUCGAAAUUCAGCUGCGCCGGUUAGACAAUUCUGUGGGCGUGACGUAAAUCUAUGAAUUUGACAAACGACAAUAAGCAGAAGAUACGAAAUACAUGCGAGCGCCCAACUCUUGAUGUGCGUAAUGUCUUGAGUGACUAAUAACCUUGCUGUUUGUCAGCAGAGUGCAAGGCUUCUGAGUGAUGCCUUGCAGUUGUGAUCGAGGUUCAUCUUGCUGAGCUAAUAACUGUUCUACUACCUUGGAAGGAAGUAUCACUG